AUGUUUCGUCUUUUAUCGAUGUUGUCAACUAUUCUUGCAUUCCUUACUUUGAUUAUUUUCACUGCAGGCCAGAAUUGUGAAUCACCACAAUUCAAAGUAACUACAUAUUCAACUCAAGACGCUCGUCUAACUACCGAAUCAACAGCUCAAUUAGAAUUUACCGUUAAAUGUAAAAAUGGCAAACAACCUAGUAAUCUCUAUGCUGAUAUCAAUGGACAAAUUAUCCCAUGUGCACAAUCAGUUUCAUCACCGGGAAAAUACUACAUUAGUAGCUCUGCUACGACUCAUAAGCAAUUAGCUAGAGGACGUAUAUCAGUUAAAUUAUAUGAUGACGAUUCAUAUUCUGCCCUACGCAAAGCUCGAACUGAUGAUGCUAUAAAAGCGGUUAAACCAUUUGGUGAAGUUGACUUGAUUCAUUCGGGUGAAAGUUAUGGCCCAUGGUUACCAAGUGAAUUCGUUGCUGUUAUUGUUUUCGGAGCGAUAUGGUGGGUUGCAUAUCGCGAACGAUCAAAAAUACUUGUUUAA